AUGGACAAUAACAACACCGGCUACUUUGGGGGCGUUGCAAAUGGAGUGAUCAGCACUGAUGUCAAUACAAACUACGUCCAUCAUGUUCCCGUGGAAAAUCGCAUAGAUGGAGGCGACUCAUCCGAACCGGGUCCGUCAGACAUCUGUAUACGAGACAGAAUAGUGACUUACGAUACGGAUACACAGGCCGUUGAUAUCGAUGUGGUUGCUGCAGACGAUAGAACGAUUAAAACGCCGAUAACAGAAUUGGAUAUAUUUUUAGCCGGUAUUUUAGUGACUGAUGCCAUAAAUGCCAGACAUGGGUAUUUUAAACAUGGUGAAAACGAAUUGAGGCUGUAUUAUCUAUAUCAUCAUUGGAUAUUGAGAUGGAUAAUAUAUUUUUUCAUUGCAAUUAUCCUAAGUUUAGCAUUGUUCGAAUAUCCAGCUGCUACUGACGUGAUGUUACCAUACUGGUCCACGAUGAUGCUAGAAUUAGUAUGUAUUGCAGCAUUCAUUGGCCGAUUAGUUCACUCAAAACUAUUUACAUCUGGCGUUAUUUGGUGGAGUGACUGGAAGAAUCUUACGGUCAUUAUAGCUAUAGCUUUAACGUUCGUAGAUAUGGUGUUAUAUAUAGUUUUCACAGAAAAUGGUAUUUACAUGGUGAGAUGGUCUCGUCUUUUUCGUCCACUUUACUUAAUCAACAUCACUCACAACAGACAGAUGCGGCGUGCCUUUCGUAAUAUUCGAAGAACUCUUCCUGAUAUUUGUGUAGUUUUGAUCUUAUAUCUUUUAUUAGUUGCUUUAUUUGCUUUAAUGGCACUCAAGAUGUUUGAAAAUAGAAAUUUGAAACACAGAAGUGGUGAACCUUACAUGUCUGAUUACUGGGAUAAUUACUAUGCAUUGUACAUAUAUGUGACUACAGCCAAUAGUCCCGAUGUUAUGAUGCCUGCAUAUGACCACAACUACUGGUUUUGUUUAUUUUUUAUUGCAUAUUUGAUAAUUUGUUAUUACAUAUUCAUGAGUGUUAUUUUAGCCGUCAUUUACAACAAUUACAGAAAACACCUCAAGACAGAAGUGAAAAAAUCUGUUUUCCAAAGGAGGCGUCUACUUUCUAAAGCAUUUAAUAUUCUUAAAGUCAAGAUCAAUGGUUGUUUUGUUUGCACUAUGGGUCAUUUUCAAGCUAUCAUGAAGCAUGUCUGCCCAAAAGCAAGUCCAGAUCGAAUAAAUCUGCUAUGGAACGUUCUAGAUGAACUUGAUAAUAAAUAUAUAAAAAAGAAGGAAUUUCUAAAAUUGUACGAUCUAUUGAAUGUACCUCUUCUGGAAGAAAAAGAUCAAAAAACAUUUCUAGAGAGAACUGUGCCAUCUUUCUAUUUAUCUAGACCGAGCCUUUUCAUUCAACGUAUGGUGGUACACAAAGCUUUCCAUUGGGUGUUUGAUGCACUUAUUAUCAUUAAUGCUGUGUUUAUAGCAUUUAGCAUUGAGGAAUCGGAAUGGUUCUUCCUGACAAUCUUCUCCAUAGAAAUCUUUCUAAAACUUUACACUAUGGGACACAAGGAGUUCUUCCGCAGAGCUUGGAAUAUAUUUGACUUUAUAGUCAUAUUUUCUGCUGUCAUCUUGAGUUUUGUCCAACUAUUAAGAACCGAAAGUGCAUUAGUGGCUGAACAGACGCUAGAUGUGCUUAUGGUGCUUCGUGUUAUGAGAUUGUUCAAACCAUUAGGCAAUCUAAAACACUUCUCUGUUUUGACCAUGACAAUACGAAAUAUACUUCCAUCACUGCUUACAUACGGAGGAGUCAUUUUUGUCUUCUAUUACACAUUUGCUAUUUUGGGAAUGGAAUUAUUUAACGGUAAGUUUGACUAUUAUGGCUACCCCGAUGAGAACGGCACAAUGCCAGAUGGACAACCACUAUAUUGCGGAAAUGAGAAGCUGAAAGAUUCUGACUUCUGGACUAUGCAUAUUUUUGUUGCAUUUGUAUUGGAGGUAUUCAUCUUACGAUAUCAACUAAACAUUUCUGGUAAAGGAAAACACGAGAAUGCAAUAGUGAAGAAGAUUGCUGAGAUGGGUUUUCACAUGCAGAAGAGUCAGAGAAUUCGAAAGAGAAGAGAAGACGUAGAUGACUUAGUGAAUAACAUGGAAGAGGGAAAUGAACUUCCAAAUAUUGAAUCAGGACUCAGAUUCAGAUUGUCCAAAUCAGGUAUAAAGAAUGUUGAAGUUCUCCUCCAGCAAUUAUUUGAAACUGAACUUGAUGAAGAUGGUGAAGAAGACAAUGUAGAUUUGGAUGAUCUACAAUCUCAGGAUAUAUUUCCUAACCCUGUUACAAUGGACAAUACAAUAUAA